AUGACGGGCAAGAAUCCCUUUCCUACAUCUCUCGAACCUUCCGACGUGAAGGAAGCUACCUUGACGGUCGAGCAUGCAAUCGCUCCUGAGGAACAUGAGAAGAUCUUCGGCACCCGAUACGAUUUCGGUGGGGAGGGAACGCUCCCUCCCCCGCCCAAGCUCAGCCCGGAGGAGGAACUCAGGCUGUAUAGGAAGAUCGAUCGGCGACUGAUGCCCAUUCUCAGCUUGAUGUAUCUCUUGAGUUUCCUGGACCGUGGAAAUAUCGGAAAUGCCAAGAUUGCCGGUUUGACCACCGAUCUGGGCCUCGUUGGGAACAAGUACAACAUCGCUCUCACAAUGUUCUUCGUGGUAUCCAACCUCGUCCUCAAGAAAUUCCGUCCCUCGCGCUGGCUCCCCGGCAUCGCCAUCGUUUGGGGAAUCGUCAUGACCUGCAUGGGGCUCGUCUCUACAUAUGGGCAGCUCGUCGCUGUUCGUGUCUGUCUAGGCGUAGCUGAAGCCGGUCUCUUCCCCGGCGUCGUCUAUUACCUGACUCUGUGGUAUCCGAGAUAUAUGGUGCAAUAUAGGAUUGGACUGUUCUUCGGUGCAGCGACGAUUGCAGGCGCAUUUAGCGGGUUGUUGGCUUAUGGGAUUGAGCAUAUGGCAGGUGUGGGAGGAAAAGAUGGCUGGAGCUGGAUUUUCAUCUUGGAGGGAUUGGCGACGAUCCUUGUGGGCAUCCUUGCCUUCUUCGUUUUGGUGGAUUUCCCUGUGACAGCGAAAUUCCUGACUCCGGAGGAGCGUGCGUAUGCCGUGUGGAAGAAAAGUGUCACAGAGUUCGACAAUUCCAGUGUUGGCGAGGAGGAGCACUUUGAGCUACGAUACCUGGUGCAGUGUUUCACUGACUGGCAGGUCUACAUACACAUCUUGGUGUACAUGUCUGUAAUCACUCCUCUCUACGGUAUUUCGCUGUUCUUGCCCUCUAUCAUCAACAAUUUCGGGUAUUCCACAGCGGUCAGCCAGCUACUGACCGUGCCCUGCUACGUCUUCGCCACGAUUGUCCUUCUCCUUUUCGCACAUUUCUCCGAUCGGCAUGGUAUUCGCUCUCCGUUCAUCCUUGCAGGGUUAUGUAUGCUCGCCAUCGGAUUCGGGAUCAACAUCUCCUCCGCACCCAGUGGGGCGAAGUACUUUGGCACCUUCCUAUGUGUCGCCGGCAGUUAUGCGCCUUUCCCCGGCGUGAUAGCAUGGCUGGGAAACAACUUGAGUGGGCAGUACAAACGAGGUGCCGGAAUGGCGCUCCACAUCGGCAUCGGAAAUUUCGCCGGUGCGAUCGCCUCGAAUAUCUUCCGCACACAGGAUGCGCCACGCUACAUACUAGGCCAUGCCCUCGAGUUGAUGUUCGUCGGCAUCGGCUUCAUCAGCGUGCCAACAGUUGUCCUCAUCUACAUGCACAUCGACAAAAAGCGCGAUGAGAUGAUGAGGGAGAUCGAUGCUGCUGGGGGCAUUCACGCGAGGUAUAGCGAGGAGGAGAUCAGGAGCAUGGGGGAUAAGAGUCCCGAUUUUAGGUAUACGUUAUAG